AGCCGAGCGAGUGAGCGAGCAACCAAACCAAAGAACAAUCCGUCGAAAAUCGAAAAAAAUAGGCAGUGAAGCGACAACGACGACGACGGAGCAGUGUGUGCGCGGUUGGUGAUGGUUUUUCGUUUUUCAUUUCUCGGUCGUCGCGGGUCCGAAAAAAAAACGCAUUUUUAUCAGUUUUUUCUUUUGUUUUAAUCAAAGCAAGUGAGUGAGUGAGUGGUAGAAUUUUUAUGCGAUUCGAAUUUGCUAGAAGCACCUACUACGGCUGCCAAGUGGACAAGAGAUAAAAGUUUGGUGAUAAAAGUGGAGGAUUUUCAUCCGUUCUGAAGAAGAGCAAAAGAGGGUUUCUUUUUUUUUUUUUCUUCUGGUAGAAUCCGAGAAGAACGCAUCAGAGUGUUCGAAGGAGGAUAAGAAAAGCAACCGAAGAAGUAGAAGAAUUUUUCGGGAGUAAAAGAGACGGGGAGACCGUUUUCGGUGUGUGUCGAGUUUGGCUGUCAAAAAAGAAGAAAGACCUCUGCGGAACGAGUGAGUGGUGCUGCACAAACAUCGCAUCGCACACUUUGUGGAUUCUGAGCUCGAGUUUUGACAGGGGAAGGAAAAUUCCGGACGAUUUCUUCCUUUUUUCGAACUAAGGUGGUACGCAAACCGAAUUUGUUCGAGGAAAAGUACGUGAAAUUGUGAGAUUUAGUGGUUUUCUUUUUGUUUGCUUUUUAGUUCGGUGGCGUUUGUUUUCGGAGAAGCUGGAAGCAGAUUGCAUAAGCGCGGUGUGUGCGAAAACACCGAGGUCCGAAAGAGGAAUAAUAGUUUGGCAAAAAUUUGGCUGAGCAGCACGCCGAGUGAACUUCCUGUCAAGAGUGAGAAUCGAUACCUCUAUCCGGAAGGGAAGAGCAAGCGAGCGUGUGUGUGCGGUUGGUGGUGUUGUGGACACGGGCAAAUAAUUGACGACAACAGUGUGGAAGGCAAAAAAUGAACACAAAAUCCGACACCAAUCGGCAUGUACUAACGAUUCAGGCGAAAAAGAAGCGUCAUAAGGCAGCGAAGAAAAAGGCCAAACAACAGGCGGCCGCAGCGGCAGCAGCAGCUCAACACCCGCAGGAGGAGAGUCAGGUGUCGUCUCCCGAUAAUGAGAUGAAUCCGGUUCCGGUAAAUGACAAUCAGCAGUAUUCGAGCUUAAGCACCAGCAACAAGAAGAACAGCAGCUCGAACGAGAGCAUUGACGAUCCGGAUGAGCGGCUGCUGGACGACGCCGGAGGAUAUAGCAGCGAUGAGAGGGAAGGAGAACAGGAAUGCCGGGAGGAUUACUGCCGAGGUGGCUAUCAUCCGGUAAAGCUUGGAGAUUUGUUCCUGCAGCGCUAUCAUGUCAUCCGGAAACUCGGGUGGGGUCACUUUUCGACGGUGUGGCUCAGUUGGGAUCUGGAGGAGAAACGGUACGUAGCGUUAAAGAUUGUUAAAUCGGCGCAGCAUUUCACCGAUACGGCCAAGGACGAGAUUCAGAUUCUGAAAUCGAUCAGGAAUGCCGACCCAGCGGAUCCUAAACGGAACAAGACGGUCCAACUGUUGAACGAUUUCCGGAUAACCGGUGUCAAUGGAACCCACAUCUGCAUGGUGUUCGAAGUGCUCGGCCACAACCUGUUGAAGUUGAUUCUGAAGAGCAACUACCGGGGCAUUCCGCUGUCUAAUGUGAAAUCCAUCAUCCGGCAGGUGCUGGAAGGGUUAGAUUAUCUGCAUUCAAAGUGUAAGGUGAUUCACACUGACAUCAAACCGGAGAAUGUGCUUCUAUGCGUAGAUGAAAGCUACAUCCGAAAGCUGGCCUGUGAAGCUACGGAACUGCACACAAUGGGUUGCCGGCUGCCGUAUUCGUUGAUUUCAGCUGCUCCGCCACAAUUUCAGGAGCAGCCAAUUAGCCAAAAUAUGAGCAAAACGAAGAAGAAAAAGCUGAAGAAAAAGGCCAAGAUGCAAACCGAACUGAUUCGGCAGCAGAUGGAGCACAUUCAGAAGCUUGAGUUCGGUAGCCUGGAGAACGGUGACUUAGACACCAGCUCGAAGAAGAUGGACCAAGACGACGGACCAGAUUGUGAAUCUCCUAUUGCCUCUCCGGAAAGUCCUCGGCUACUGAAUGGUGACCAUUCUGGAUCCGGCUCCUCUGGCGAUGAGGACGAGCCCACUCCGAAACCAGCUGCAAAACAGAUCGUCACCAACACUUCCACCACCUCCAGCCCGGAUCAGUCUGCUUCCAACAAUAAUGACGACUCGGCUACCGAGAAAGCUUCCUCUUCUCCCCUCCCAACUGCCUCAUCCUCUCAACCUGCCACCUCUAGCAGCAAGUUGGACAUUAGCGCUUCGAUGCGUCGGAUCCUGUCCCGGGUGAAAGAACGCAAGGACGCGGCAUUCGAAGUGUGCGACGUUGAGGUCAAGAUCGCCGAUCUGGGUAAUGCGUGUUGGGUCGACAAGCACUUCACCGAGGACAUCCAGACUCGCCAGUAUCGGUCCCUGGAAGUGAUCAUCGGUUCGGGUUACAACACUUCGGCCGACAUCUGGAGCACGGCCUGCAUGGCAUUCGAGAUGGCCACCGGAGAUUACCUGUUUGAGCCGCACUCCGGCGAUAACUACUGUCGUGAUGACGAUCACAUCGCUCACAUUAUCGAACUGCUCGGACCCAUCCCGAAGCGGAUUGCCCUGUCCGGACGGAUGUCCAACCAUGCAUUCAACUCCAAGGGCGAACUGCGGAACAUCACCGGUCUGAAACCGUGGGGUCUGGUGGAGGUUCUGCGGGAAAAGUACGAGUGGAACCUGGAGGAUGCGAUCGAGUUUAGUGAUUUCCUUACGCCGAUGUUGAGCUACGAUCCGAAGAACCGGGCGACCGCGGCCGAGUGUCUCGCGCAUUCGUGGUUGAAGCAUUAAUCAAUCAGUGUGUUUGUGUGCCCGAGAAGAAAAUUGUUUAAAAAUUUCAAGAGAAGAGAAAAUCGAGAAAAGGAGGAAAAUCGGUGACAAAAGUGAAGCACGAGAGAGAGAAAGAGAGAGAGAGAGCCAUAAAUGAUUUUGCAUUAGUGGAAGCAAAAGAGCAAGAGGGCGAGAGAUCGAGUGCGAGUGUGGGGUAUCAAGGGGUGGGGCAAAAGGAUUCGAGACGGAGCAGCAGGAAACGUGGACGACAGUGACUGCGGAUAACAAGAUACAACUAGGAAAAUUCACACCACUACAUCCGGAGAUUGAGACCAUUUCGAAACGAGUGCUACUACUGCUGCUGCGGCGUGUGUGAGCCAACGAAUCAACAGCCGGUCGGCACAAGGUGGUGGUACUUGGUGGAAGGAAUCCUAUCACAGCAGCGAAAUUUUCACCACUGGACACAAGCAUGAAGAUAGGAACAUACAAAAAAAAGAUCGUAAUGAAAUUGUUUCAACUCUAGACAGACUAAAUUAAACAAAAGUAAAAACCAUAAGCAAAUGAAACACACACAAACAGACACUAUGAGAUGAGAUAAUAAAAAGAAGUAAAUAAUCACCAAACCGAAAAAAAAACUCGUAGAUAUUUUAUAUCGUCUAUAUUGAAAAGAAUAAAAGAAAGGAAGCAAAACACGCAGAGAUAUGGAACACGGCAAAUGUCGCUGCCGGGGAGUCCGCGAGAAGCCUUUACUGCUGAGAUCUAGGUACCUACUACGACCACUAAAAUGCCGCUACUACUGCACGAACGGCCGUGAGCAGCAACACGGCGAAUUUACCGGAACAGAAGAAGAGAAUACAACUUCCCGCGACGCUCCACUGUGUAGGUAUAUACCGUUAUACAGCGGUGUGCAGUGCAAGUCAGCCAGAACCGGAAAACCACCGACGACGGCGACGACCGAUGGAGAUUUGAUAUGCGGCACAAUCACACUCUCACUCCCCACGGAAGAA